AUGGUAACCCAACCUAUAGACUGGAGAUCCCAAGAAAUAGGUUCAAUGGGUAAUAACAAGAUUUCUAGAUCAGGUUACAUUCCAUUCAAUCCUGAAAUCGAACGUUCUUUUCAUAGACAAAAGAAUAUUUUCAGACAAGUACGAGCUACUUCCGAGGGUAAUACACCUUUAGAACCCCCAUCUAAUUCUAGCGACAUAGAAGUUUCUUCAGAACCAGAAUCAGAGAUGGCAAAUCCGCCACCACCACCACCUCGCAAGCUCAGCGAUUAUUUGCAGCCAUCCCUGACAAAUUUCCCACAUCUUGGUCCUACACCAAAUCUCGAAGGAGUACAAUUCGAGAUUAAACCCCAGUUUAUUACUAUAAUCAAAAGGAAGCAACUCAGCGGAGCUAAGGGUGAAGAUCCAAAUCUUCAUAUUUUGGACUUUCGCCAAUAUUGCAAUACCAUCAGACAAGCUGGGAAACAGAUGCAGAGUAGGGAUGCGCAAAUUGAUUCAUUCCUAGCACGCAAUAAAAUCAUAGAUAAUCAAAUUGCGAAACUUUCCUCUACUCUGCAAACUCUCCAGCAGGGAGCUUUUCCAUCGCAGCUAGUACAACCUACAGAUAAUGCUAAUGCAAUUACCCUGAGAAGUGGUUCACACUAUGAUGGGCCUUCUAUGCCCAAAGAUGAUGAACCUAUUAUAACAAAAAUUGCUAAUCCUGAUCCUGUUAUACCAAAUGGUGUUGUUAAAUCUCAGGACAAGAGUGGAGAUGUGCAGGUUCCAGCUAUCAAACUUCCAUUCCCUAAUAGACAUUUAAAGAGUAAGUUGGAUAAGAAAUUUGGUAAGUUCCUGAAGGUUGUUAAGAAUUUGCAGGUAACGGUUUCUUUCACUAAUUUAAUCACACAGGUUCCUGCAUAUGCUAAAUUCAUGAAAGAUAUUUUGCCUAGGAAGAGAGCCUUUAAUGAGGUAGAGACUGUAUACUUUACUAAAGAAUACAUGGCUGAGGAUACACAAAUUCCAAUAAUAUUAGGUAGACCUUUCCUCCACACUGCAGGAGCCAUUAUUAAUGUUAAAAAUGGAAAACUCACUCUUUCUGUCGGAGAUGAUAAUAUCACUUUUAAUUUAGGGAGAGUCCUUGCAAAGGAUUCCUUGGAGGAAGUUCUUUGUGGUGAUUUUACUACAGGGGAUGCUGACAUAUGGAGUAGAAAGGUGGAUGCAAUAGAGCAAGCUCUAGUGAAUGAGCAACUUAGCCCUGAUGAGAACGAUAAGGAACUGCACCCCGUGAUCAUUAGUACUGCACUCGAUGACCCCCAAACUUCCCAACUUCUAGAGGUUCUUCAAACCCACAAAAGGGCAAUUGGGAUACACCUAGAAUACAAUCACAAGCCAUGCAUUCAACCACAUAGGAGGUUGAAUCCCAACAUGCAGGAAGUUGUCAAAAAGGAGGUUAUGAAGCUACUUGAUGCAAGUAUUAUUUAUCCUAUCUCUGACUCAAAGUGGGUAAGUCCUAUUCAGCGUUGUGUGAUGAACAUCUUUUUUGCUUUCAUAGAGUCCAUCAUGGAAGUUUUUAUGGAUGAUUUUAGUGUGUAUGGAUCUUCAUUUGAUGUUUGUCUAUCUAACCUCACUAAAAUUUUAAAAAGGUGUGAAGAAUGCAACUUGGUUUUAAAUUGGGAAAAGUGUCACUUCAUGGUGACACAAGGUGUAGUCCUAGGUCACAUUGUUUCUGAUGAAGGUAUACAGGUGGACAAAGCAAAGGUAGAAGUGAUUGAGAAAUUACCCCCACCAGUGAAUGUUAAAGGGGUAAAGAGUUUCCUUGGUCAUGCGGGGUUUUAUCGUCGCUUCAUUAAGGAUUUUUCUAAGAUUGCUAAACCACUAACUCAACUUUUACUUAAGGAUGCUCCAUUUGAUUUUACUGACGAGUGUCUUGAUUCUUUUAACAUGAUUAAGCAGGCUUUAAUUUCGACUCCUAUUAUAUGUGCUCCCGAUUGGAACCUUCCAUUCGAGAUCAUGUGUGACGCUAGUGAUUAUGUAGUAGGCGCCGUGCUAGGCCAAAGGAAGAACAAAGUUUUGCAUGCUAUUUAUUAUGCAAGUAAAACUUUGGAUGAGGCUAAAGUCAACUAUGACACCACAGCGAAGGAGUUUCUUGCUGUGAUUUAUGCCUUAGAGAAAUUUAGAUCAUACUUGGUUGGUUCUAAAAUUAUUGUUUUUACUGACCAUGCAGCAUUGAAGUAUCUCAUUGCCAAGGCAGAGACCAAGCCUAGACUUCUUCGUUGGGUGCUCUUGCUUCAAGACUUUGAAAUUGAAAUUAGAGACAAAAAAGGAGCGGAGAAUGUAGUAGCAGACCACUUGUCUAGGAUCAGGUAUGAUGGAGGUAAGGAUUCUACACCUAUAGAUGAUUCCCUUCCUAACGAUAAUCUCCUUGCAGUUGUGUCACAGGGACCUUGGUGUGUCCCCAAAUGGGAAGUGAAUGGCAUUCUACAACUUUGCCACAACUCUCCAUAUGGUGGGCAUCAUGGCCCUUCUAAAAUCAGGACCAGCAAUAUUUCGAGGAGGCACGAGAUGCCCCAAACUGGGAUAUUUAAAGUUGAAAUUUUUGAUGUUUGGGUUAUUGACUAUAUGGGACCAUUCCCAUCUUCCAAUGGGAAUUGUUACAUACUCGUGGCCAUUGAUUAUGUGUCUAAAUGGGUCGAGGCCAUUGCUUCACCAACAAAUAAUGCCAAGGUGGUCAUGAAACUUUUCAAGAAGACCAUAUUUCCAAGAUUUGGUGUCCCACGAGCUAUCAUUAAUGAUGGAGGUUCUCACUUCCAUGAAAGACAAUUGGACAACUUUUAA